AAAAGACACUGUGUAAUGGUUAACUCACUAAGCUUUGCUCUGAGCUCAGAUUACCUGAGAGGAAAGUGGGUGAAUGUGACCUUAACAGGCCGUCUGUCCUUUUUUCCUUUCUUCAGGUUUUUGCUUCUUACUGUACUUCUUACUGUACUGUACCUCCCAAUGCUCUGAUAUCAUGGAAUUUUUUUUUGUUGAUUUUGUUUUUUUAAAAACCAGUCUGGCAGCUUUGGAAAAUUGAAAGCUAAGGGACUUUUUUUUCAUUAACUGAAAGCAAAACUUAAGCUCUUACCUGAGCUGUCUUCCACAGCUCAUUGCUGGCAGACUGGUUACUGGAGUUGGAAAAAAAGUCCAGAGGAAAAUCCAUCAGUGCGGCAAUAACUAACUGUGACGACCAAGAAGGAUUGGAUGAAAGGGUCAGAGUGCUCCCAAGUUAUGGAUAAGUCCAGCGAUAACCCAGAGGAGGACAGAGUAUCCCUUAGGAGCAACGGGAAGAUGCCAGCAAAUGGAAUGGCGAAAGAGGUUCUGGGUGCAUUCCAGUCGUUCAGGCAAAGCAUUAGACGUCCUUCGGAAAAGAGUCCCUUUUCACCGAAAAGCAAGGACUUAAAGGUCACAUCCAGUGUGCAGGCACAAGUCAGUGUGUCAGAGUCUUCCUUUUCUUCACCACCAACAUCACCCAGUCUUAGUGCUGGCUCUCCAGCAACGACACCCUUUAAGGCCAUUGGGGGUUCCUGUCAGAAAAAUGAUGAAGAUCAGCCGGACAUCGUAACACGAAAAAAAAAGCCGAUAACUCGUUCAAAGUCAGAUACCAACACGUCUAAGCUGGGUGACUCCCUUAUGAAAAAAGGAGCCUCCAUUCGAAGAAGUCUGAGAUUUAGCUCGAAGAAGGAAACUGAUAAAACAGGGAGAAAGGACUCUGCUGUCUCCGAGGCCCUGCCAGAGAUUAUGGAUGACAAGGAAGCUGAGGAGGAGGAGUUGUCGGAGGUUGAUGAAUUGUACUCACUACCUGAAAUACCUCACACUCCGCUCUCAGUUAUGCAGAUCAACAAGCUAAUUGAGAUGGAGGUGCUGGAGGAGGCUCAUCUGAACCUGCUUGCCAUGCGGCAGGAGUUUCAGAAGGAGCAGGAGCAAUCUGGGGAUGACUCCCCUAUGGAAUUGGCCAAGAAAGAAAAAGACCUAGUCCUUCUUUAUAAUGACCUUCGGAAAAAGAUUUGCACCAUAGUCUGUGAUUCCAACUCUCUUCCUGCCAGGAAUAAAGCGCUUCUGGUACACUUGGCACGUAUUAUCCAGGAGGAGGAGAAGAGGGCUGAGGAACCAGGAGGGCUACAGGACAGCUGGAGAGAGUCCUGGAGGGAGGCGGUAUCUGACGGUGUACUGGCCAAGGUGAAAAGUGUACAUCUGGACAGUAAAGAACAGAAUCGGUCAUGGUUGGCAGUUCAUCUUGGACGCCUGGGAAAAACCAUUGUGGAGGAUUUGAUGAUUGUAAAGCAGGAACUACGAUGGUCCUACCCACCCAGCUUUAAAGUCUUCAGCACUUAUGUUAGGAGCUACCAAAGAGUCCUCGGGCAGCACUUGAAGAAGCUGGAGUCUCAAGUGACUGAGCUGAAGGAUGUGUAUGCUCUGCUAGAUUGGAUUCUCCACACAUACAAGAGCGAGAAGAUCAUGGGAAGUUUCUCCUUGCUGCCAGAAAUGGCAGAAGAAAGUACUGAUCUGCAGUUAGAAGAAAGCUUUAUGAAGCAGCUUUUAGAGAAAUACAGCCUCAAAGUAAAGGAGGACGUGAGUGCUGCACUGGACAGAGUGAUCGAACUGGAAAAUGAAACUGUUUGGAAAGACAAAAAUGAGCCCCAGAUAGAAGACAACGUCUUUCACUCUCAAUUUCCUAUGGACAUCUGGACUAAUAUGAAGGCAAAUGUGAUCCACUCCCAAAAGCUAGACAUUGAACUGGAAAAGAAAGUGAUCGUUUCCUGUCUUGAGGAGCUGAAAACCUUUCCCAUAAGGUUUGAAAACCAGUUCAUAUUGCAUUGCAGCGCCCUUCAACCGCAACCCCUGUGGACAAAGUAUCAGAUAACCUACAUUAACAGCUUUGCUGCUUUACAGCAAUACAUGGAGGGGUACAUGGACAGCUGUCCAAACGAGGUGGAGGCGUUCAGAGGAGAGGUGAAAGGGCUUAUUGAGAGGCUAAUGGAAAGUCUGGGGAAACAGUAUAAAGAUGAUGCCAAGCCUUUCCUCAGGCGGAUGAUGACGAGGAAGUGGCUUACCAAUGAUGAUGACUUCAAAAACCUCUACAGCCGUACAAGGCAGCUUUGUGAUCAUUGUAAACACAUGAGUCCUCCAUAUUUAGAGGAAUUUGCGAACCGUUUGCAUUACCAUGUGGUGAAGGAGUACAUCGGCCAACUCAUGAAGAAUAACUACUCAUGCAAGAACCAGAAGCAUGAGAGGGCUGCAACCAAAAUCAAUCAACAGUGGAAACAGCUUUGUGAACUGUUUUACAACAUGGGAUCAACUCAUGAGUGGCUGGAACAUGUAGGAUACGAUCUAAGCAAGAUCAUUGGAGAAAAAAACAAAACAGACAUCAAGAGCAAUGUGCAGCCCCUGCUAGAACAUUAUCCAGAUUUCAGCAGGAAACAUCUGGUUGCUGUUCUUUCCUUCAGCGGCCUUAAUAAAGGGCGCGAGUACCACUUAAUCCUCCAGAAACUCACUGCGCUUAAAAAGGAAGCGGGCAGCACAUGCACUGACAGAAGCCAAGUUUUAUUUGAGGACAUUCAAGUCACGGCUAACACUGACUGCUUUUCCAACCUGCCUUCCUUCUGUGUCAGCUUUCUGCAGUCAGACAGCUAAGGAAGAACUGCAGAGUUCAUUUCUUAUGCUCAGCUUCUGAACCUGCUGCAGGAAAUGCCAUGUCACUUUUUUUCUCAGGUUAUGGGAUUUUUCAUUAUGCGGGCUUGAUUGCACUGUGACUCUUGUUUGUAUAUAUCCAAAGAACAGAAUUUUCAUUCAUUGUUUGUGAUAAUUUUGUAACGUCACAUUCAGUUUGGCAAAUCUGCAUAAAAAAGAACAAAAUGUGAAUUUUACUUCAGCUACAACCAUACUACAGCUCUAUGUCUUCUUUAAGAUAAGCAAUGCUAAAUUUCAUUUUCCUAAGAACAGCACUAUGAAUUAGGGUCAUGUACUGUAUUGGAUAAGUUAAGAGAGGAGGUUAAAACAAUGCAGUUAGACUAAUAAAGAGGAUGAAAACGUUGAAGGUACUCACAAGAAAACCAGCAAAUAAACAAAAGCAACUUAGACACUUGGAUAGGAUAUACAAUAACAAUAAAAUAAUAUUGAUAAAGUUAUCUUAAAGACAAUAG